AUGGCGGAAGCGGGGCGCUUCCGCUCAGCUCGAGCGCGGUCUUUGACAGCGCGCGAGGUGUGCAGAGUGGAUGCUCAGUCACGAGCUGACGACCGUCACAGUCAAGAGUGCUUCCACGUCAGCGAUGCAAAGUCAGAGAAAGAUCGAGACCCUUCCGUCGAGGUGCUGCGGGCCAGUCCGAAGGGAGCGGUCGGAAGCUCCAGGAUCGCUGCUAUCACUCGCAACGGCUCUGCUACCCGCUCCUCUUCUAGCAUCUCGCCUCUCGUCAGCGCCCGCACCAACAGCCUUACCGUUCCCACCGCACGCAGCUUCAGCACCGCUCGUCCCGCCAUGUCUCUCCUUCGCCCUUCGAGCUUCUUCUCUUCGCCGCUGGACGACUUUGACAUGUUCCCGUCGUCGUCGCUGCGCGAUCUGAUGCUCAUGAAUCCGUUUGCAGCCGCAGCUGCCGGCCGACCCAACGUGACGGCGGGCGACUACCGCAUCUGGUCGGGCCCCAAGGUGGAUCUGCACGAGGAGGACACCAAGUUUGUGCUGACCGCCGAGCUUCCGGGCGUCAAGAAGGAGGACGUCAAGAUCAACGUCGAUGCCGACCGACGCAGGCUCACCCUGGAGGGUCAUCUGAAGAGCGAAUACAGCUCGCAGCCUGCCGCUGCCAACGAAGACGCUGCCAACGGCAAGGAGCACGCCAACGCUGGUGACAAGGGCGCCUCCUCGACCCAGGUGACCAAGAAGGAGCAGACGAACAACGCCGUCGGCCACGCACUCGUCUCGGAACGCGUCUACGGCUCGUUCAGCCGUUCGUUCACGCUGCCCGUCACCGCCGACCUUGCCAACGACUCUUCGCUCAAGGCCCGCUUCAACGACGGCCUGCUGCGUCUCGAGAUCCCCAAGAAGAAGGAGGAGCACUCAAAGACGCGCCAGAUUGCCAUUGAGACGGCCUGA